AGCGGCUGGGCGGCGUGGGAGAAGUUGGCUCUGGAAAGUGGUGAAUCAGAGGAGACCACAGGCAGCUGGUGGCCGAGGCCAUGGCCUCCGACCUGGACUUCUCACCUCCCGAGGUGCCUGAGCCCACUUUCCUAGAGAACCUGCUGCAGUAUGGACUCUUCCUGGGGGCCAUCUUCCAGCUCAUCUGUGUGCUGGCCAUCAUUGUACCUGUUCCCAAGUCCCAUGAGGUGGAGGCAGAGCCCUCUGAGCCCAGAAAUGUGGAGGUGACGAGGAAGCCCAAGACUGCUGCUCUUUCUGCCAGCAAGAGGCCCAAGAAGGAGGCAAAGAAGAAGUGGUAGAAGAGGAGGCCUGUGGAGCCAGGCGGGCGAGGCAGGGGCCUCGACGGGGAGCCCCCUGGGACUCAACGUCCUGUUCCCUCCGACGUCCCAGGGUCAGGGCUGAGGUGGCUGGGCUACUCUCUGACCACAGAGAUCUGGACAAUCAUGACAGUCCCCUGGCCCCAGCUGGGCAGCCUACCACUUCCUCUUCCUUUUG